AAAUCGCUACACAUGAUUGAUCGGUGUGUCCAGUAGUAUGAUUACGCUGUUGCAAGAUUGUCUGCCUAUGAGAUCACUAAUUACUCAAAAAAUUUAUAAUUUUCUUUGCUCCGAUUGAAAAUUAAAAUGUAUCUGUUGUCUUUAACGUUGUUGGUACCGUUUGUGACCUAUGUGUGUGGUCAGCUACCUUCCGCACAAUUUUCAGCGAAAUACCCUCUCGACCGGAAGUUACAGGUCGCCACCGUCGAAAUCCCGUAUCUGUUCAAUAAAGCGGACAAAUCCGGUUUCUUCCCGGAACUGCUGAGACUCCUGGCCGAAUACGGAAAUCUCAAUGUCGAUCUGGAUAAUAUCCAUUUUUCCACCAAUUUCGACGAGGCGAAGGAUUAUGUGGCCAACAAGGAAGGCGACAUUUUGGCCGUCGCCGUGGAGAACGACGGGAUCUACAAGAGCAACCUCAACUUCACCUAUCCCAUUUUCGGCUCGAAGGUUGUCCAGGUGAAGAGCAGCCAGCAUUCCGACGUCACCACCGUCUCCGUUCUCAGCACCACGCCCACACAGGACACCAUUAAAGCGCAACCCGGCAACUUCCCCGGUAUGAGCUCCAACCUGGGCCCGCCCAGCGGAUCCUCCUCCCAACCGGGCUCACUGGACGACGCCCUAAACGCCGUGGAAAACGGGAAAGCCACCUUCCUGGGGCGGACGCCGGUGCUGGACACGGCGGUCCGUUCCCGGACAUCCCUGACCCUUUCCGACAUGUCCACGCCCCUCGUCGUCUACUCUGGAUUCGCCGUCGGAAGCGCGCCCAUCGUCCUGGAGCGUCUGAACGCCGCCAUUAUUAAGGCGCGUCUGAAUAACGCCACCCAGAAACUCUUCCUGGCUAAAUUCCCGCAUUCCACGUUCCUGGAACCACCGUUGGACAAGUUCCCCCAGCUAUCGACGGCCAUCGCAGCUUUCUCCGGAAGUUCCACGUCGAAUCCGGGAACUUCCGGCACCUCCACGCCGCUUCCGGUGACCUCCGGCACCUCGAAACCGACGACCGCGGCUCCCGGGAAACCCACCCCUCCGCACGGCAAACCCAAACCCCCGUCGCCCCACCAACCUUCCAACGCCGGACCGGGACACCCCCGCCCUCCUCCCCCGCCGCACCACGGCCCCGGUGGUCGUUCGGAGGGUCGUGGAGGUCAUUCCGGAAGCCGAGAAGAACGUCCCCACGGGGGCGAGCACCACGGCCGCCCGGGAAGCCGGUCUUUCGGACCACCGCCGCCCCCGAAACAGGGCGGUGAGCAAUCGGACUUUGGAGGUUAUCCCAACGGUCCGGGAGGGGACGGACAGCAAGGGGGUUCGUGGCAGCCGCCGUUCGGGAUGCCGUUCGGACCGGGCGGCCCACCAAACGGUCCGGGAGGCCCUCCUCCGCCGCCACCGCCGGGGGGUCCGCAGUUCGGGCCCGGAGGUCCGGGAGGCCCUCCGGAGGGAUCGGGCGGGUAUUCCGGGCCGCCGCCCAAUCACGGCCCGAUGUUUGUGCAACCCGGCGGCGGGCAGUAUGGUUAUGGAGAAAUGAAUGCCGGACGUGGCUAAUUUUUUUGAUUUUUCCCACAAUUAUUAAUCACGGCGGUUUAUUAUUCUCAUAGCGAUUUAUUCUCAGUUUUACCGGAUAAGGCCAAUUUUCUACAUUUAAGCCGUGUAUCGGAACAUGGAAAAUCGCUGUAUUACUCGUACAUUCUUUACGUCAAGCUCUUAUGCACAAUCGAAAGUCACGUGAUUCCGGAAUUAAAUUAAAAAAUAGGC